CUCAUAAGGAUGAAUAAUGAAAUUGAAGCUGAAUUAAACUAUAGUGUCACAGAUAAAAUCAAGGUCGUUACAAAGAAGAACGGCCUUAAACCACAUAAAGAAAACUGGAUUUUACAAGCACCGCCCGAAAUUGCUAAGUGGUUCUUAAAACGUGGUCAGAUAGACUUCGAUUUGGUAAGAGUCUAUGUUGCUACAAAUGUUUAGGUAACCAUGAAGCCACCAGCUGUCAGGAACAUGAUCUUUAAUGUGUAAAUUGCCGAAAAAUGAAAUAUAGUGACCUUAAUCACUCUGCCCGCGACCCAAAAUGUCCAGUCUAC